GGGGGGGGCUUCCCUAGCAACAGUGUAAGCGUACAAACAUGGCGAGAAAGAAACCAGCGAAAGACAAGUCUGAGAAGAAUUCUGAAGUUGAAGAGUCGGCGCCAAUACAAACCGGAGCAACUUCAGAUGAAACAUCAGCCACUCGAACCUUCGACGACUAUGAGUGUUCUGGUAAUGUGAUGAUAGACUUUCCUGGUCUCUGUGCUCUUUUGGAUAUGAAAGAUAUCCCAGCACUCAAGACCAAAUCCAGCUCCUCCAACCAGGAAAGCACCACAGCAGGUGGCAGACCAUCCCAUAAAAAGCCAGUACACGAUGUGUUCAAGCCACACCUCCAAGUGGAACUGGAGAAUGGAGACCCUUAUUGCACAACGAGCAUAAAGAUAUUUGGAUGGCCAGUAGAUGAACUGAUCAUCCGAGUGCUCAGCAAGAUGAUUUCUUCUUUACCCACGCUCCAGAGCAUUUCUAUUUGGCAGGCUGGUUUGACAGAUCCGAUGGUUAUCACACUCGCAAAUGCAGUGUGCGUGUGCAUGAGUCUCAGGGUUAUUACAUUAGAGGGCAACCCUCUGGUAGAUCACAACCACCACCUUUUUUUUUCUGAGGGAAGCGCUCUCACUCACUUGAACCUGCGCAACAAUCGAAUUGAAGAUGAGGGCGCGCGUCUCCUUGGGGCUGGACUCUCGACCAGCACGUCUGCAAACUGGACCCUCACCUCGCUCAACCUCUCGUUCAACCAUAUUGGCGAUGUAGGUGCUGGACAUAUCGCAAAGGGCCUGCGGUUCAAUCGAACUUUGCUGUUCCUCUCACUGUCCAACAAUCACAUUGGAGACUCCGGGGCUAUACAAUUGGCCACGGUUCUUGGUGAGGUUGUGCUAACUCAUGAGGAAAUUGUGCAGAGGAGGAAACUACUUCUGAACAAAACACAUCCUUCAUCUUCUGUUGUCGAUGCUGACCAAUCCUGUGCUGCCAAGCUGUCCAGUGAUCAGCUCCCAUCUGUAGCCAGCAACGCCUCACUAAACUCCAAUAAAGGAGAGAACAAAAGUACUGCUAAAAAACGGGAAUCAUCAAAACCAGAUGGCAAACGAGCUCCAACCAAAGACCAAAAGUGCCUUAAAAAAUCUGAAGGUCAAGACACGGAGGAAAAACCCCACGUGUAUGAUCAGGAGCACAAAAAGCCAGUGGAGAUGGUGAGCCCCCUCCUGAACGAGGCUCUGCAGCAGAGGAAUGGAGAGCUCAUCCUUCCUGGAAACACCACGCUUGCCUCCCUCAGCCUCGCAGGAAACAGGAUAACUGAGCUUUCACUACCUCAUUUCCUGACAUCCUUACAGAUGCAAGAUGGAGGGAAAGGUCUGCUCCGUCUCUGUCUGCAGAGAAACCAUUUUGCUGUAGAGUGUGAGCCCUUUAUGAAGAUCAAGGAAAUGAUGAUGCUCCGAGACCCUCUGAACAAAAAAAGUGAAGAAGAGACUGAGGAGGAGGGCGAGGGUUCACAAUGUUCAGACAAUUAAUCUUGAGGAGGGCAGUCAAAUUUGUGUGCGACCGUUGUCUGUCUUCAUGUGGUCUGCGAUUGGCUGGCAACCAGUUUAAGGUGUACCCAGCUUCCUGCCCAAAGAUUGCUGGGCCCGUGAU